AAUUUAUUAUUUUAGUAUGCUAUAAGUUGAUACCAAUAUAAGUCACAUCCUCAUCUAAAGUGUCACUUUAUUUUGUUCAUAAAUUUGCAUAGAAUUUAAAGAAGAAAAACCUUAGUUUCUAAAAGUACUACUAUACUAUACUAAUUGUAAGAUAAGCUAAAAAGAAAGAAUUAUCAAAAAAUGUGGAGGUUAAAAGUGGGCGAAGGGGCGAAUGACCCAUAUUUGUAUAGUACCAACAAUUUUGUAGGACGCCAAACUUGGGAGUUUGAUCCUAAUUAUGGCACUCCUGAAGCCAUUCAAGAGGUUGAAGAAGCUCGUCGUAAUUUCUACGAAAAUCGUUUCAACGUUAAACCUUGUGGUGAUCUUCUAUGGCGUUAUCAGUUUCUAAGAGAAAAAAAUUUCAAGCAAACAAUACCUCCGGUAAAGUUGGGUGAUGAUGAGGAGAUCACAUAUGAAACUGCGACGACCGCAUUGAAGAGAGCUGUCAGAAUAUUCACAGCCUUGCAGUCUGAUCAAGGUCAUUGGCCUGCUGAAAUUGCUGGCCCUCAAUUUUUCCUUCCUCCCUUGGUUUUUUGCUUAUAUAUCACAGGACAUUUAAAUUCAGUUUUCGGCCCAGAACAUCGUAGAGAAAUCCUUCGAAGCAUUUAUUAUCAUCAGAAUGAAGAUGGAGGUUGGGGAUUGCAUAUUGAAGGACACAGUACCAUGUUUUGUACUGCACUGAAUUAUAUUUGUUUAAGAAUACUUGGAGUUGGACCAGAUGAAGGUGACGAUAAUGCAUGCCCUCGAGCUCGUAAAUGGAUCCUUGAUCAUGGCAGCGUUACACAUAUCCCUUCUUGGGGAAAAACCUGGCUCUCCAUACUUGGACUCUUUGAUUGGUCUGGGAGUAAUCCAAUGCCACCCGAAUUUUGGAUCUUACCUUCUUUUCUUCCUAUGCAUCCUGCAAAAAUGUGGUGUUAUUGUCGAAUGGUUUAUAUGCCAAUGUCAUACUUGUAUGGAAAGAGGUUCGUAGGUCCAAUUACACCUCUCAUUAAACAACUUAGAGAAGAACUUUACAAUGAACCAUUUGACCAAAUUAAUUGGAAGAAAGUUCGUCAUUUAUGUGCACCGGAGGAUCUCUACUAUCCUCACCCAUUUGUCCAAGAUUUAAUGUGGGAUGCUCUUUAUAUCUUUACGGAACCUUUUCUUACUCGUUGGCCCUUUAAUAAAUUGAUUCGUAAGAAAGCUUUGGAAGUUACAAUGAAGCACAUACAUUAUGAAGAUGAGAACAGUCGUUAUAUAACUAUUGGAUGUGUUGAGAAGGUUUUGUGUAUGUUGGCUUGUUGGGUGGAAGAACCUAAUGGUGACCACUACAAGAAACACCUUGCUAGAGUACAAGAUUAUAUUUGGAUUGCUGAAGAUGGAUUAAAAAUGCAGAGUUUUGGAAGUCAAGAAUGGGAUUGUGGGUUUGCUAUUCAAGCAUUGCUAGCUACAAAUCUGGGUAUGGAUGAAAUCGGAGAAGCUCUAAAGAAAGGUCACUUCUUCAUUAAAGAGUCUCAGGUGAAGGACAAUCCAUCAGGAGACUUCAAAGGUAUGUAUAGGCAUAUCUCAAAGGGAUCAUGGACAUUCUCAGAUCAAGAUCAUGGUUGGCAAGUCUCUGAUUGUACUGCUGAAGGAUUAAAGUGUUGCUUAAUCUUAUCAACAAUGCCACCUGAGAUUGUUGGAGAAAAAAUGGAUCCUCAAAGACUUUUUGAUUCUGUAAAUGUCUUGAUUUCCCUCCAGAGUAAAAAAGGAGGGUUAGCAGCUUGGGAACCAGCCGGGGCUCAAGAAUGGUUGGAGCUUCUCAAUCCAACAGAAUUCUUUGAAGAUAUUGUAGUUGAGCAUGAGUAUGUAGAGUGUACAGCAUCAGCAAUUUCAGCUUUAGUGUUGUUCAAGAAGUUAUACCCUGGACACAGAAAGAAAGAGAUUGAAACUUUCAUUGUAAAUGCAGUCAAGUUCCUUGAGAAUACUCAAUAUCCUAAUGGAGGAUGGUAUGGAAAUUGGGGGAUAUGUUUCAUAUAUGGAACAUGGUUUGCACUUGGUGGGCUUGCAUCAGCUGGGAAAACAUACUACAAUUGUGCUGCUGUUAGAAAAGCUGUUGAAUUUUUACUCACAAACCAAAAGGAAGAUGGUGGUUGGGGUGAGAGCUAUAUUUCAUGCCCUAAUAAGGAAUUUGUACCAUUAAAGGGGAACUCAAAUCUUGUUCAAACAGGAUGGGCUUUGAUGGGUCUGAUACAUUCUGGACAGGCGGAGAGAGACCCUACUCCUCUACAUCGCGCCGCAAAGCUUUUGAUCAAUUCACAACUCGAAAAUGGUGAUUUUCCCCAACAGGAAAUCACAGGAGUGUUCAUGAAGAAUUGCAUGUUGCAUUAUCCAAUGUAUAGAAGUAUUUACCCAUUGUGGGCACUUGCUGAAUACAGGAAACGUGUUCCGUUACCUUAAUUUAUCAUUUCUGCCCCUAAAUCAAGUUUUGUUCGUUAUUAAAUUCGUGGUUUAAUAAAUAACUUUACACCAUAUUAUUAUACUUAAUGGGGUUGUAAUUCUGUAAAGCGUACUAUUAAUGAAAUGCAUAAAUAAAGUUAAUUAAGUUAGAGCUAUUCUCGUCUACGGUGAUUGUUACAAAUCUAACUGAUGAGAGAAGGGUAGGGCUAGGUAAUAUUCAAUACCGGUACCUUGCAUGGAAAAGACGGUAUUUGCUCCAACUGAGACAAGAUUUGAUUCUACUUAAUCAUAUUAGUUAAAUGUACACUUACAGCUAGGAUUGAUUAGUUAGCUCGAGAGUCCUAAAUGGCUUCAUUAUCAAGUACCAUACACUCAUCAGCAUUCUAACACAAGCUAAUACACAAAGGGGUGGCAUUCUAAGGCUCAACCACUGUCAGAACAAAUUUCAUGUAAUGUAAAUUCUAAAAAAACAAAAAAAAAUUUCAAUACAAAACAUCAAAGUGGCUCAAUGCCCAUUAACAUAUGUCCAUCGUCAUGCAAAAGUACAAUUGUAACCAGUAAAAGACAGUUAAAUCAAUGCUCGGCAGAAUCAAUACCUACGA